CUACAGUUACAGACUGCAGUCCAUCUGUUUCUCUGAUACUCUGUUACCCUGUUCUUCAGUGGUCAGGACCCCCAUGGACCCUCAUUUGCUUUUAAACCUAUAAAUAAUCAUCUUUCAUAACAGUGGAGUUUUUAUCGACCCUCAUAUCCCCCUCUCUCACCGUGUGACUGCGGGCCUGACAAUCGGUUACGGCGCUGCAUAUCAGCAACCUGAUAGGUCGCUGCUCGGUUCAUUUGCAUAACCAGAGAGAGGCUGCAAGUCGGUGGAGUCAGUCACCACUGCUUUCAUACCACAUGAAGUGAUGCUUCUUCUGUUGCUGAUGUUCGAUCUUCUCAGCUGUUCUAAUGCAGAUAUCUUCUCUUUGGUGGUUCCUGAUGGUGAUAUAUCAGCACAGUUAGGAUCAUCUGUUGUCCUGCCAUGUGAACUUUCCACCUCGUUGGACAUUAGGAGGUAUGAAGUACGCUGGCAUCGACCCGAUAAAUUUGAAAACCCAGUUCUGCUGUACAGAGAUCUAAAGGUCCAGGAGAACAUUGGAGAUCCUCGGUACAGAGGCAGAGCGUCUCUGAUUGGAGAACUGCAGAAAUGGAACGCCUCUCUGAGACUGGAGAACCUCACAGUAGCAGACAGAGGAGAAUAUGUGUGCUAUGUUAAAAGUUAUACAUGGUAUGAAGAGGCAAGCGUGUUCCUCAGCCUUCCAGUGGUCGGAUCUCCUCUUCUUCUCUCCUUUGCUGAAGCUGGACAACAGGUGAAUGUGACCUGUGCAUCAGGUGGAUGGUCACCAAAGCCCACCCUCACCUGGAGAGACAAACAAGGAAGAGAACUCACAGACAGUGUUAAUCAGGAAUACACAGACUCUGAAAGGUUGGUGAAUGUGAGCUCUUGGCUGCUCUUCUCUCCCUCGGAGACAGAGUGGAUCUCCUGUUCUGUGGGUUUAUCUGGUCAGGAGAUGAGAGAGAGCAGAGUGCUGCCACUCAAUCCCGUUCAUCACCCAGCUGAUCCACCAACAGAACCAGGAGUUUCUCCGGGAUGGAAAGUCGCCACCAUCUUACUGGUUAUCAGUCUGUUGGUUCUCACUGUGAUGACAGUCUUCUUCCUCAAGUUUAGAGGUCACAUUUUCCAGAAAGGCACAAAGUCUAGACCAGCAGCAGAGGAAGAAGGACGUUGUUUUGUUGCAGGACCAGAAACAAACAACAAAGAAACAAAUGCAGACCAAGUAGCAGAUCUCAGCCCUCUUUCAUGUCCAGUUUGUGCUGUGAGAGAAGCAAACAGAACUGAUGGAGCCACUCAGAUCUCAGGUCCAGAAACUGCCGAAGAGACAAGCCCACAUAGAGAUAUACAAGCCCUGACUGAUAAUAUGGAAAUCAUGAGGAUUUCUUGAACCUCUAACCAUUCAGAGUGCCGCUGUCCUCUUCGUUCACCCUCAGCUUUCUGUCCUGGAAACUCUGGAACUUCUUCCUGUCGUUCAAGCACAGCACAGCCACAUUAACAGUGUCAAAGCUUUACAAAUUCACAAACGUUCAAUGGAGCAGUGAUGGGCCGAUCCACAUUUUUCCGGGUCUGAUUACCUGACAAUAUGGAUUCUGACACAAAAGCUCUUUUCACUUCAAUCACUAUUAUUGUUGGUAUUGUGUUUAAAGUUGUGUUUAAGGUGUUUAGUCUUCCAGUCACUAGGCAAGUCUGUAAAGGAAGCUGCAGGUGAACUGCUGGUGUGUCACCCUGCACUUUUUCACCCAGACUUUCCGAGACUUAGACAUCUGAGGUCCAAAUAUCAAGCAAAUCGUCCGAGAGCAACUGUUGGGCACUGUCUUCCUGUCUGUUGGCAUGAACUGCUGGGAAUCUCAUGCGAAACCACUGCAGCUGCUUGACUAAACGGGUUGUAUGUAUGACGCAGCUUCAGUUCCACCCCUCGACACGGUGGCUUGUAGCCGUCUUGCUUUUCAUCACUUCUUGAUUAAAACAUCUCUAAACAAAUGACAUGUUCAUCAAACCAACAGCCAACGUCAUUCGCUCACUCAGCUUCAGACUGAAGUUGCUGCAGGUUCAUGGUAAGAUGUGGAAUGGAAUCUGGAUCGGUGACGUUUCAUGAUGCAGUGGGUUCAGGGUCCAGUGCAAGCUGUGGACUGGAAUUCGGAUCGGUAAGCGGAUCAGCCCCGUCAGUCUGAUAUCCAAUGAGUAAUUGACGUCAGUAUCGGUCCCGAUACCGAUAUAGGAUUGGAUCAUGGAAAAUUAACUGUCCUUAUUAUCAGUUGGUCCAAAACCAAGUACAACUGCAAUUCUAAACUUCAACAAACACCAAGAAACAAUAAAUGAGUUUGAACAAAUGAAAAAUUAA